AUGGUGGCACGGACCAACCUUUCUUCUGGAAGACGAGAACACAUGGCCAGAAAAUGCACGCAGCGAGAACUACAUUCUGACCUUCAUCAAAGGAAGCUGACACCACAAGUACACUAUGUAGUGUCGACUACCCAAGUAUCAAAGAACAAAGGACUCAAGAACGCUUCAGAAGUCACAAGCAAUUCCUUGCUAAACGUGAAUCGCUUUAGUUCCUGGACC